GUAAUCAUAAAAUUCUUUAAUUAAAUGGCGUCCUUUGUUUUCGUAGAAGUUUAGAGCCAGAAGUCAUUCCGCAAUUCCAUUCUUACCACUGAAAUUGGGCACCCGACGUCGAGUUGGAAACUAUUUCAGCUAGCGGCCGACGUUCGGCCCGAUUUUUCAUCAAAUCCACGGAUCCCUGCUUGAGGAGAUGAGAUCGGAAUGGAAACGGAAAGUAUAGUUUCUCACACAACAGAACGAUCAAGCAAGUCGAGGAGUCGCAGCUCCUCGUCCAAACUGAACAACAGCACCUCGAAACACAGCAUGGGACGCUCCAACAGAUCGCACCACCGCCAGAGCAGGCAAGGCGAUCGUUCUGCAGACAUCUACCAGUCCACGGUGACCCUAGAAGAGACCCGCGAAGGCCAAGAAAUAAUCGAGGUCCAAAUUUUGCCACAGGAUGACAACUGGGGUGAAACGCAGACGCACAUCACGUCGGAGCAGUCCGUCAGCGUCGAGGACCUCUCCAUGCCUGGCUUUAGCGGCCGUGGUGCCAUGGAGUCGUGGGACGGAGCGGACAGUGGUUCAGCAUUUCACGUGUGCCAGAAGUAUUUCGGUGUGUUGGCAUCUGGAGCCUUGGCCCUCGCAGCCAUCCUCAGUCCCCUGGCAAUGACGAUACUGCCAAAACUGGGGAUCAUCGGAGAAACGACAAUAACCACCUCCAGCAGUAAGCUGCAAGUGUGCAAAGCCGACUGCAGAGGUCAAAUACUGUCCGUCUCGUUAAAAACGUUUGUCUUGGCUGUGGCCAUCUGGGUGCUGGUCCUGCGCCGCCAGAGGGCAACCAUGCCUCGGAUCUACGCGCUAAAAGCCUUCCUCAUGGUUCUAUUGCUGGUGGUGUUGGUCAGCUUUUGGAUUUUCUACCUUGCCUCUUUGGCCCCUGGCAAGACUGAAUACUCUGCUUUGGUCUCCUUCGCAAACUCCUUCGCCGACACUCUGAAUUUUGUCCUCUGGCUGGCCGUUGUGCUCCUGGAAAUCAGGCAGUUGCAGCCAGUGUUUUGCAUAAAGGUGGUUCGGUCGCCUGACGGCGAGACCCGCUGCUACCCCUUGGGCCAGCUCAGCAUCCAAAGAGCAGCUCUGUGGGUUCUGGAUCAGUAUUACUCCUCGUUUCCCAUCUACAAUCCAUAUCUUGAAACCAUGCCAUUGUCCAAGAAAAAUAAUACACCUCGAGCCAAGCCUCAAGGCCACAACAAUUCAGUCUCAGAGUACAAAUAUUACGACGUUGACAACUCCACCGCCAACUCGAUUCUAUCGCCCGGCUCAAGAGCUAGCGGGCGGCACCGCAGAGAUUCUAGUCACAACGAACGAUUCUACGAACAAACUGAGUACGACCGAAGAGUGAAAAAGCGCAGGGCCCGUCUUGAGGUGGCCACUGAGGAGGCCUUCACUCACAUUAGAAGGCUCCAACCAGGUACUGCAGCUAAUCAACCAUUAGACAGCGAAGAAGCCGCACAGGCCAUUUUCCCGUCACUAGCUAGGGCGCUGCAGAAGUACCUGAGAGUGACUCGGCAGCAGCCGCAGCACUCUGUCGAGUCGAUUUUGAACCACCUCGCCGCGUGCUUGAGCCACGAUCUCAGCCCCAAAGCCUUCUUGGAACCAUUCUUCACGGCCGCGCCUCUUCUACACUUUGAGCGCGACCCUAGAGGAGUGCAAGGUUGGGCCCUGAUUUGUCCAGAGCUGCUGAGCCGAGACAUUCGCCACGGAAUUCGCUUCCUGCUGCGCCAAGGAGACGUGACCCUGAGCUGUUUGGUGACCCAGUUGCCGCAGUACAACCUCGUCGAGCAGCUGAUUCCGAGUGCGUCAAAUCGAUUCGCGCUGCGACUCAACUCGGAGACCAGUGUUUGAGGACUUAAACUUCACCGCAGAGACCUAGUUCACCAAAUCUUUUUGUAAAGCACACUUUGCAACAGGCCAUUGAUACUUAAUUUUUUCUUCCGUACUGUGAUGGAUAGUGUUUUAGUUCCGCAGAGUUUGCCAAACUUGUCUGAAACGUUUUGGAGGUCUUUACUUUUUCUAAAGAAUUGUGCUGAAUCACUGAAAACUUGAGCAAUGCAAUGCAGCUCGAAAUAAUAAUUAUAAAGUGUGAUAAAAAAUUUUAAACAUGUCAAAUCUUUGACACCAAUACUCAUUACAAACACUUUAUUUUACUUUGCUCAAUUUUUAGUUUUUCGCUAAAUUUUAUCAUUGUUUUUCAUCUUAGAACUGUCUUAUAAAUCAUUAUUUACGUACCUUCCAUGAAAUUAUCAAUCACAAAACGAAUCUCUGUAUUUAUUGUACAGAAUCUUUUGAAGCAGGCUUCGCCUAUUUAUUGACUUUUUGCUAAAGUUUUCGUGAGCAUUUGUAUGACUGCAUUUUUGAUGUGAACUAAAAAUACUCGAUUUUUGUAUCUCGCGUUGAUAGCUCAAACAUUCUGAAAUCUUCAGGGAUGUUUAUAAUUAUUUACUUAGUAGCGAUCUCUUUGCAACCGUAAACGUCAAUUUUGAAAUUGUCUAUUACUUGAGUUUCGAUUUUGUGGAUGCAUUUUUAGUGUUCAAACUGUAUAGCAUUUUCCACAAGUGGACCUACAUGUAGAGGUGUACAACGACACGCGAUGUAUUAUAAUGAUAAAAAUACAUGUAUAAUUUAUAAUGAUCAUUAAAUAAAUAUAUUAUAUGAUUGUGCCUUGUAUAGUGUGGUGUAAGCUAUUUAAAUAAAUUUUACAACUGAUCAAUUAUACCAACAGA